UCUGGAGAGGGGAUGGGGUUGCAGAUGAAACAGGGAUGCUGUAUUAGAGGCGGCCCAUCCGUAUUGAUCACAUAACAGUGCACCCAGUCAUCUCUUGUCGUCUUACAUAACCAUGUAGUGUGUGGUGCGGAGCACCCGGGUUCCAAUCAAAUAAACUACACAUCAAAUAAAAUUUAAAAAAAAAAAAAACACGGUGAAAAAGCUUAAGAUCUGUAAGUGCAGGACAUCUUCUGCACAGUUCGCUGGGCAUCCUCCCCGUCCGGUCUUGUGCGCCAUGGGACUGGGUAUAACCCUUCGAAUCCUACAAGCUCAUGGUGGUGGUCACGAAUUUAGGCGCCCAAAACGCACCUGAUGAAACCCCGCCCGCAAUAACAUUGCAUUUUUGUCAUCACCACAAUGACGAUGUUGAGGUAGUGCGCGUUGUUGAAGCCAUUCCUUAUCCUGGACAUGUUGCCGAGGAAAGAACAUCUUGGCUAGAAGAAUCCACGAGCGAAUUGAACGCGUUGGUGGAAUCAUGGUGGAUUUGGGGGGUUAUGUUAUAAUAUUGGUCGAAACCAAAGAUAAGAAAAUUAAAUUAUAUGGUUCCCCAGCAGACAAAGACAACUUGGAAGUGGGCGAUGAAAUUCUGGAAGUCAAUGGGAAAACUUUAGAGGACGCCUCGCACACAGAAGUGAUUAGCCACAUUCACCAGUGCAUCAGAUCACGGACAAUAUGUCUCCGCGUGAAGAGGAGGAGCGGUGCCCGACUGGCUGUGGAUUUAGACCUGUGUUCGAGCAACGUCCAAGAUGCGUUCGUCAUCGCCGUCGAACAGCAAGCCCGAGAACGUCUGGAACGUCUCUCGGCCCUCAAACGGAUCACCCCUGUGGACAUGACCAAACUGUCCCAACAGACUCCCUUGAAUCUAAGCCGACUCGAGGACAAAGAAAAAUAUGACAAUUCGCUGAAUCAGCAGAGCACUUCGAGCGAAGAGUUGAACGGAUUCAUAAACAGUUCACCGAUUUACGUGACUUCUUUAACUGCCACCGAAAAUUUAAACAACAACUCCACAGGAAGCAAGCAAGGUGUAGGAGGAGAGGCCGGAGGUGGUUGUUCGACCACAACCACUGUAAGCGCAGCCCCAGCCGGCCCCAUACAACCUGCCCUAGCGAAAGCGAAACAACCCUCACCGACUGCCAUCCUGGUGCCGGCAAAUCAAACCAAUGGACACCACCACCACAACCAGCACCAUCAUGACCAAUCUGAUCUGAUAUUGACCCAGCAGUUCACAGAAGCCGAAAAAGUGCCCAGCGAAGUCCUGCCCAAUACCGCCGACCAAGUGCUGGACGUCAGGAAGCUAGGCGAUCGCAGAGCCUCAUUAGGCGACAGGAGAGCAUCGUCUCCAUUUCAGAAUGGUAGAACCGAGUUGCUAAUUGGCGCCGAAGAUAACAAACUGAAAACCACUGCAAUCAUUGAAAACAAUAAUAAUAAUAACAAAUUAGUUAUCGAACCAGAAAUUAGGACCCGGAGGAGAUCGGGUAGUAGCAUUGUAGUAUUGGACGGCGACUUGGAUCCGGUCAAGAUCCGGUCCGAUCUGGACGAUAGCGGAAUCAACAUGGUCAUGAUGUUGGCAGGCGAUAAUGGACCGCACCGGGAAAUGGCCGUGGACGUGCCAGAUUCCUUCAUCGCCAGAAACAAAACGCCCCCCAGAUAUCCACCCCCAAAACCAAUACUUGCAGUAGGUUAUGAUCGUCUGCUCGGAGUUACGUUCGGGGAUGAAAAUCAGGAGCGCGCAAUCGACGUUCCAGAUAACUUUGUUGAACGUAAAAAGACGCCACCGAAAUAUCCGAUAUCUACCAAUGUUUUGAAGGCUGGUGUAAAUGGGAGCACAACGCAAACCGCUGGGGUUGUUAACAGCAGUAAACCCGUGCCGCCUCCACGAGAUCACCUGAAGAUGGAGAAGGAUGGGAGGCUGGUGAACAGUGCCCAAGCGCCCCAAUUACCUACAAGGAUAACAAAUAACAACAACAUACAACAACCUAUGACCCCAGUCAGUCCGACUUCAGCUCCAGCGGAUCCCAACGCCGGCGUGGCCAACAACAUUAAGAAGUAUCAAGAACAAAUCAGGAAAAGAAAAGAGGAGGAGGACCGAAUAGCGGCGCAAAAUGAUUUCCUUAAUAGAUCGCUCAGAGGCUCUAGAAAGUUGCAGGCCCUCGAAAGCUAUCCAAGCUACGUUAACGAAGCCCUCGUCGACGAUGAAGGCCACGAAUCCUCUCGACCUACUACUCCAGUCGAAAAGGAAAUCGUUCACACGCCAUACGGCUAUGGCGAUUUGGUUGCUUCGGUGCAGAGGUUGCAACUGCAGCUGAAGAAGGCUGGUACUGGAGGUGGUUUAGGGGGAAUGGAAGGUCGGGUGGCGGCAGUCCAAUCUCUUCUGCUCUCGCCACAAUUCGGAAGGGCUUUGGCUAUAUACAAUAAAGUCCAAGCAGUGCGGAAUCGCACUGCACCAAGACCAACUGCCAAUGCCCAAGCGGCACUAAGAGACUGCCUGGAUGCAUUAAGCUCGUCUCAAAGCACACACGCUGUAGAACUAGCCGCUCUUCUAACCGGAUAUGAGUUCGAAGCUUUAAUGAUAGCGCAUGAUGGAGUCGCUUCAACACUACCGGAAGAUUCGACGACGCCGAUGCCUUCGCCUUCGUCCUCUGAGCCAAUUUUAACAAAACCAAUUUUACCGGAACAGUAUAGAGUUGAUAAUAUAAAAGUUAUAAAAAUUGAAAAGAGUACAGAACCAUUAGGUGCGACCGUUCGAAACGAGGCUGACGCUGUGGUCGUUGGUCGCGUAGUGAGGGGUGGUGCUGCAGAUAAAAGUGGUCUCCUACAUGAAGGAGAUGAAAUAUUGGAAGUGAACGGGAUCGAAAUGCGUGGAAAAAGCGUGAAUACCGUCUGUGAUAUUCUUGCGGCCAUGGAAGGUACGCUAACCUUCUUGAUUGUGCCGGCUUCGCAAGCCAGAGCUCACAGCAGCAGAGAAUCUAUGUUGCAUGUUCGCGCACAUUUCGACUACGACCCUGAGGAAGAUAUGUACAUACCUUGUCGUGAGUUAGGAAUUGGAUUCCAGAAAGGAGAUGUUUUACAUAUUAUUAGUCAAGAAGACCCUAACUGGUGGCAAGCGUACAGAGAAGGCGAAGAGGAUCAAACCCUUGCUGGUUUAGUUCCUUCACAAAGUUUCCAGCAUCAACGGGAGAGCAUGCGUUUGGCAGCGGAGGAGAGGAUGUCGAAGCCACAGAGGAAAUCCACGACGUUACUUUGCGGAAAGGCGACGAAGAGGAAGAAAAAAAAGGGAGCUUACGCUGAUGCUGGAUACCCGAUUACAAAUACUGCCGACGAAUUCGAAGCCGAAGAAAUAUUAACAUACGAAGAGGUGUCAACGCAUUAUCCUAGGGCAAACAAUAAAAGGCCAAUCGUACUAAUUGGACCUCCAAACAUUGGUAGACACGAACUUAGGCAAAAGCUUAUGGAGGAUUCAGAUCGAUUUGCAGCAGCAAUACCACAUACCUCAAGAGCAAGAAAAGAUUCUGAGGUGGACAGUCAAGAUUAUCAUUUCAUAACGCGCGCCCAAUUCGAAGCUGAUAUUCUGUCACGGAAGUUUGUGGAACACGGAGAAUAUGAGAAAGCCUACUACGGAACCUCAUUAGACGCAAUUCGAUCUGUGGUAAACUCGGGUAAAAUAUGUGUACUUAACUUGCAUCCGCAAAGCCUCAAGAUCUUGCGUACGUCCGACCUAAAACCUUACAUAGUCUUCGUUGCACCACCGAGCCUAGAAAAAUUGCGACAGAAGAAAUUGAGGAGCGGAGAAACGUACAAAGAAGAGGAUUUGAAGAAUAUAAUUGAAAAGGCCAGAGAAAUGGAGGAAAAAUACGGACACUUCUUUGAUAUGAUCAUCAUCAAUAACGACACGGAGCGGGCAUACGGACAACUGCUGACCGAAAUCAACAGUCUCGAGAGGGAACCCCAAUGGGUACCAGCGGCAUGGGUGAAAGCCACAUAAAGAGUUACCGCAAACUAUUCCACAAGAUCCUCGCGCCCGAAAUUUUGGGUUACGGAAGAGGUGCUAGUCGAUAUCGCCAACAACUUUUGGUUUCUAUAUACAAAACGCGCACCAACAUUUUCAACGUCCUUUCAUUUUGUCAGAUUUUCGUGAAACAGUCGUUUCCUAUUGAUGCAUAUCAAACGUAAUCACUACAAACUGUUCCUUUGGAUUACCUUUCGAAAGCACCUUCUGAACAGUCUCUUCUCUCGACUAUAAAUCAAUAGAAAACAUUCAGAUGGCAAAAGAAGCAUUUUAAAGAUAAUCCCCCCCCCUCAAACGCUCCAAAAACAAACAAAAACCGCCAUACUUAUGGAAUGCUUAUAUUUGAAGAAAGAAAAUAUUAUUUAUUUUUAGUUGUUUAAAGAUACAAUUUAUUUGGGAAA